CAGACACCGAUCGCCAUUGCAAGUGGCAGCAGCGGGUCGAUCGACGACGACGUUGCCCACCCAGUCUCUUAAUUUGUCGCCGUCGUCGUCGGGGCAGGCAGAUCGUCGAGAGCUAGCUAGCUGCUAGCGCGGGAGGGAGGGAGAGGGAGAAUGGGACGGCUCUCCUGCGGCGGCGGUGGCGGCGGCGGCGUGCAGCCCAAGCUCCGCAAGGGGCUCUGGUCGCCCGAGGAAGACGAGAAGCUGUACAAUCACAUCAUCCGACACGGCGUCGGCUGCUGGAGCACUGUCCCCAAGCUCGCAGGGCUGCAGCGCUGCGGCAAGAGCUGCCGCCUGCGGUGGAUCAACUACCUCCGCCCCGACCUCAAGCGCGGCAGCUUCUCGCAGCAGGAGGAGGACCUCAUCGUCGCGCUCCACGAGAUCCUGGGGAACAGGUGGUCGCAGAUCGCGUCGCACUUGCCGGGGCGGACGGACAACGAGAUCAAGAACUUCUGGAACAGCUGCCUGAAGAAGAAGCUCCGGCAGCGCGGCAUCGACCCGGCCACGCACAAGCCAGUCGCCGCGGCGGAGGCGAGCGCGGCGCUGCCGGACGCUCGAGACCACGACCGUGAGCCCGGAGGAGCCGGCGCCGGCGCCGACGCCGACGGCCUGGCGCAGCAGAGCAAGCAGCCGGCGGCGGCCGUGUUCGACCCGUUCCCUGUGGUCGACUUCGGCUUCGACCUGAGCGGCGGCGGCGGCGUGGCGGCAUUGUACGGCGGCCCGUACGACGCCGCCGCCGGCAAGGCGUCGGCGGACGACGGCGGGUUCGUGGCCGACUACAGCAGCGUGCUGGACGUGUCGGAGAACCUGGGAUACGGGGAGAGCUCCAGCAACAGCAGCAACUGGGGGAACGGCGCGGAGAUGGGCAAUGCCGCCGCCGCCGUGCUCGACGGCGAGGUGCUGCACUGGGCCAAGCCGGAGCCGUACACGGAGCUGGAGCAGCGGAGCGCGGGGCAAGCCGCCGCGGACGACGACGCGCUGCAUCAUAGGUUCUUGCUGCCCUGCGGCCAGGAGCAGAGCCUGGCGCAUCUCGACUUCGGCUUGGAAUACUUCUGAUCCUCUUCCUCCCGCUUUUGUUUUUGGCCCUUCGUUCGUCUCUGCCUUUGCCUUUGCCUUUCCUCCCUCCCUGAAUUAUCCAUCCAUCCAUCCAUUCCCCCUACGUCAUUUGGAAGAUUAGGGAUUGUACGUAGUAACCAAUAUGUUAAUUUCUCUCUAGCCCAUGAAUGAUACACACACACACACUCUUUCUAUCUUUCUCUACCUUUUCUGUAUACUCUGCUCCUGCUCGGUCGGAGGAACAUAAGCCAAUGGUACGUACAUACGGGAUUAUUGUGUACUACAAUAUAUACAAUAUACAAAAGGUGUUUCCUUUUUUGUAAAGAAUAAAUUAAACCUGCAGUUGUUU